AUGGGCUCUGUGUCCAACCAGCAGUUCGCAGGUGGCUGUGCAAAGGCAGCAGAGGAGGCGGCUACCGGGGACGCGGCCCGGGCUGGAGAGGAGCAGCAGCCGCUCCACGGCGCCGGCAUCUGUAAGUGGUUUAAUGUGCGCAUGGGCUUCGGUUUCCUGUCCAUGACCGCCCGCGCGGGCGUAGCGCUCGACCCGCCUGUGGACGUCUUUGUGCACCAGAGUAAGCUACACAUGGAAGGUUUCCGAAGCCUGAAGGAAGGGGAGGCCGUGGAGUUCACCUUUAAGAAGUCGGCAAAGGGCCUCGAGUCAAUCCGGGUGACUGGGCCUGGUGGGGUGUUCUGCCUUGGGAGCGAGAGACGGCCCAAGGGGAAAACACUCCAAAAACGAAGAAGCAAAGGAGACAGGUGCUACAACUGUGGAGGGCUGGAUCAUCACGCCAAGGAGUGCAAGCUGCCACCCCAGCCCAAGAAAUGCCAUUUCUGCCAGAGCAUCAGUCACAUGGUGGCCUCAUGCCCUCUGAAGGCUCAGCAGUCUCCCAGUUCACAGGGGAAACCAGCUUACUUCCGGGAGGAAGAAGAGAUCCACAGUCCAGCCCUUCUCCCCGAGGCCCAAGAUUGA